GUUUGUCAUCCGAUUCCUUGUUACUAUCAUUUUCUGCGAUCUCCUAGGGUUUGCAAUGGCGUCGAAUCUGUUCAAAGCCCUUACGACAUCGCUUAAUCGGCCUUCAAACUCUCGCAGUCUAUGCCUCGUGAGCAGCCAAAUUAGCAACCACACUGCCAAAUGGAUGCAGGAUACAAGUAAGAAGUCUCCAAUGGAGCUGAUCAAUGAAGUCCCACCGAUUAAGGUAGAAGCCAGGAUUGUUGCCUGUGAAGGAGACACCAAUCCUGCCCUCGGUCACCCGAUUGAAUUCAUAUGCUUGGACCUGAAGGAGCCAGCCGUCUGCAAGUACUGUGGCCUACGGUAUGUUCAGGACCAUCAUCACUAAGAGUUUGGUUUUGGGUAUGAUCCUCCCGCAAAUCCAAAUUGGGAAUGUCCGUUAAUGGUUUGAACCCAUGCAUUUCCAAACACAUUCUGUGGUUUACUGGUGAUACUUUUAUGCGUUUACUAUCAGGUGAAUAAGAUUUGGAACACAUUUCUUCAUAAUUUCCGGGUUUAUGGAAUGCAGUGAUUGUGUAUUAUCAGGC